AUGAUACCAGCAGCAGAGAAGUCUGUGUUGAACAGUUUCAGGCGUAUUGUGAGGGAACUUCGAAAAAUCGAUAAGGGUUUCGAUAGGAAUCGUGCACUUUUCAAGUACUUGGUAAGCCAAGUGAGAGACAGUAUAGCCGAGCGCACUUAUUCGAAAGCCCCUGAAGAGACUAGGCAUUUGGCUGGUCUCUACGCGACAUACUUGUCAAGUGCACGAAAGUUGGUGGAAUUGGAGACACGGUAUCAUGGAGGGGAACGGUCAAUUGAAGAAAGUGCGAGGCUAGUUGGGUUGUCUGUUCCGAAAAAGGAAUCGACUACUUGA